CGAGCCGUAUCACGCGGCGCGCGCUCGAGAUGUACUGCCGCGACAACGAUGUCGACGACGUGGUGCAGUUCGUGGAGGCCGACACGGCGGCGGCGGCCGUGGGCGAGCCCGUCGACCUGGUGUUCGGCGAGCCCUUCUUCUACGGCUCCGUGCUGCCCUGGCAUGACCUGCACUUCUGGUACCGCAAGCAGCAGCUGGCCGCCCUCUGCUCGGAGAAGACCAAGACGAUCCCGCACUCCGCCGAGCUGCGCUGCGUCGGUGUCGAGUACAGGGACCUGUGGAAAAUCCGGGCGCCGCUCGGUGCCGUCGAGGGCUUCAAGAUGGACAUCUUCGAUGACCUGAUCGAGUCGGCCUGCCAGGUGGCGGACGCGCCCUGUGAACCUCACCCGCUCUGGGAGUACCCGGCUCGGGCGCUGACCGAGCCGCGCACGCUCGCCACGCUGCCGCUGGCCGACAGCGCGCCCUCUGACCUCCAGCUGACCGGCCAUCUGGACGUGACGGCGGAGGGCAGCUGUAACGGCGCCGCGCUCUGGAUGGAGUGGCUGCUGGACGAGUCCGGCGAACACCGGCUCAGCGCCGGCCCCGUGCAGCCGGUGGAGCCGGGCGCCGCCGUCGCAUGGGACCGCUACGGCCGGCAGGCGGCGCUGCUGCUGCGCCAGCCGCGCCCCGUCCGGCCCGGACACCGGCUCCGCUUCGAGCAGCGCUUCACGGCCAAGGACGGCGAGCUGCAGCUGCAGCUGGACGUGGAGCCGUGAGCGGCUGUGGCGGACUGACGGCCGAGCCGGGGCUGGGAGCGGCCGGCGGGGCUGCGCCGCUCGCCAAGUGCCGCGGACACACCGCAUGUGGUGGUGUGGGCACACCGCGUGCUGUGGCGUGGACGCGUCGUGUGCUGGCUGCGUCUACAGCGGACACAUCACUGCCCUGCUACGUGAGGACGAUCCGUGCUAGCUAUGCUGCGUGAGGACGGUCCGUGUCAGCUGUGCUGCGUGAGGACGGCCCGUGUCAGCUGUGCUGCGUGAGGACGGUCCGUGUCAGCUGUGCUGCGUGAGGACGGUCCGUGUCAGCUGUGCUGCGCGAGGACGGUCCGUGCCAGCUGUGCUGCUCGAGGACGGUCCGUGUCAGCUGUGCUGCGUGAGGACGGUCCAUGCCAGGACAACAUCCGCUAAGCGUAUGUCAUCCCCGCGGCGGCCGGGAGGCCUGCCGAACCAUCAGCUGACCCUCACUGGGCGUAGGGAGGAACCAUAAGCUGACCCGCACUAGGCGUAGGGAGAAACCAUAAGCUGACCCUCACUGGGCGUAGGGAGGAACCAUAAGCUGACCCGCACUGGGCGUGGUGAGAAACCAUGAGCUGACCCACACUGGGCGUACGGAGGAACCAUAAGCAGACCCGCGCUGGGCGUGCGUAGGACCGACCUCUGUCCAGUCAGCUCGGUGUCAGUCGUGCCAACACAGCGCUGGGCAUUCGUUGGCGCCUGUUGAUUUAUGUGGGAUUCGGUGUAAUCUGGUGGUCCAUUAUGUCGACGAUGGUGUUUUUGAUCUUUUGUAAAAUAAAACUGUUGAUCUUU